AUGGUAGACUCCACACAACCGACAAACAACAGUUAUCUGGAGGAUGACCUUCACUUACCAUUUACCAAACCAUCAAAACAACCAACUCCAAGAGAAGACGGAGCUGUUUUAGCAGAGAAUGGAGAUACACUGGCCAUUCAAACCAAAGAUAUCACCAACUCUAUAGAUCCAGAAGUUGUGAAUGAUCUGAAUGACCUUAACCAAGAGGAGACACAAAAUGGCCGUCGUGAAUGGGAGGUUGAAAAACAUAACAAUGGCCCUCAGAAAAAGAUUGAUGUAAAACCAAGAGGUAAAAUUCCAAUCUACCAUCAGGAAGUAUUUAGGAAAAAUUUUCUGAGUAUUAUGGAAAAUAUUCGAGUUGACGAUAUCACAGAUCAUCUGUUUAGUAAGAAAGUUAUAGAUUCAAAUGAGAUGGAUAAGGUGAUGUCUAUAUUAAGAUCAGAAGGCAAUCGAGAUGCCCUGAGAUACUUAAUGUAUACUCUCUUCAAUUCAAGUCACAUUGCAUUGCCGACAUUUAUGCAAUGUUUACAACAAACUGGAUACUACCAACUUGCAGGCAGUUUACAGGACGAAAUGGACAAACAAAGUAAUAGAAUUUCCACGCCGCUCAGUGAUGAACUCAAGUAA